AAGAACUUCUAACCAAAUUCAAGAACUUCCCACAAUGAGUUCCAGCUAUUUUCCUUCGAGUCGAUGAACUGAGGAUGCUCUCCGCAGAGCCUGCCCAAGAACGUCGCCCAACAGAAUCCGAAGCCCCACCACGCGCACCGCACCCCUCCUUCGUCCCCUUCCACAUUGUCACGGGAGUCUCCAACUUCCGCGACAUAGGCGGUUGGCCCAUCACCCCAUCUUUCCCAUCAAGUUCCUCCACCACCGCGACACCUCAUCAUGUGCGCCGUGGCAUCCUAUUCCGCGGUUCAGACACAACCCGAAUCACUCCCGCCGGGAUCGCGAAGCUGCAGGAACUCCAUGUAAAGGUAGAUUUCGAUCUAAGGAGUAAACAGCAGAUUGAGAAAGCCGGCGGUUUCAAAGACAUGCGAGAAUGGCGCAUCGAAAGAGUAUGGGCCCCGGUGUUUAGUGAUGAAGAGUAUACAGAGGAGAAGGCGAGGGAGAGAUAUGAGUUGUAUGCUAGUGAAGACCCAGCGGGUAUUGUGGAAGCGUUCAUCGAGAUCCUAACCUCCGGUGCAACUAUGAUGAGGACGGUCAUGCGUCGCCUACUGUCAACGAUCUCAGAGGUCCCCGCAGAGCAGAAUGCUGACUGGUCGCCCGCACUGUUUAUGCAUUGCACAACAGGCAACAACCGCACGGGGAUUUUCAUCUCCCUCCUCUUGCUCCUGCUCCAUGUCCCUUCCACCCUGAUCGUACAUGAGUACACACUCUCAGAGCAAGGCUUGGCCCCAACGCGACAUAUCAACGUUGAAAGGCUAUUGAAGAAGGGUGCAUUCAUCGAGUAUGGGCCUGAGGAGGCGAGAAGAAAGUGUGAACGCAUGAUCGGCGCGAGGGGGGAGAGUAUGGAAGCAUUACUCGAAGAGGUGGGGAGGCGGUGGGGUGGCGCUGAGGGGUACUUCAGGGACGUUGUGGGACUGAGUGAGGAAGAAGUGCGGAGAGUUAGGGAGGUGAUGACUGCAGAAGGGGAAGGAUGCGUUCCUGGGGCUCAGGCUGCGCAACUAUGAAUGGGUGUCGAUCUACUCAUCGCAUGGUGGUAUCGGAAC